CAUUGGGACCAGAGCUUGCUGAGACCUGAGCUUGCCAGAACAUAUGCAGGAAUGUCUACUGGAAAAAGUCACAGGGACUCGCGGGCAAAAAAGAGGACUUCUCUAGGUAGUCAGAAUGAGCAAAUCAAAGAAAAGCCAAGAAACGUAAAGGAAGUCUUGAAAUACGGACAAAGCAGUUCAGAGGACAAUUCUGAACAUGCGGAAGAUGCUCUGCAAACAGCACUGAAAUACUUUGAGGAAGGUUCCAUGAAAACCUUAAGGCGUAAAGAUCAAAACAGUGAACAAUACUUCAAAAUUGUGGAAAAUGUGGCUUGGAAGAAUGGUUUGUCUCCAGAAAAAAUUGACACUCUAUUAAAUGUGGCGCUCAGUGGCAAGUUUGGGACUGCUGUAAACACACGGCUAUUGAAGUGCUUGAUUCCUACAACUCUCAUAUCAGGAGAUUCCGUGGUUAAGGCUGUCUCUUGGCUUUGUGUCGGCAAGUGUUCAGGUAGCAUCAAGGUACUUUUCUUUCGUUGGCUCAUUGCAAUGUUUGACUUCAUUGAUCAGAAAGACCAAGUUAACUUGCUCUAUGGCUUCUUUUUUGCUUCGUUGCAAGAUGACAUGCUGUGCCCAUAUGUCUGCCACUUGCUGUAUUUACUAACCAAAAAAGAAAAUGUCAAACCGUUUCGCAUACGAACACUGCUUAACAUUCAGGCCAAGAUGGGCAUGCAGCCUCAUCUCCAAGCUUUGCUGUCUUUGUAUAAAUUAUAUGCUCCUAAUUUGAUUUCUGUCUCUUUGCCUACAAGGAAGAAGAUCUGUUUUAAGAAUUCAGGAAGUUUGUGGCAGGUGGCUCUGAAUGCUGUGAGGCAAAGAAACACGGAACCGUCUCCAGUGUCCUUGAAGCUGACAUUGCAUUCAGCUAAAAUUCGCCCUAUAAAACGAAAAUGUAAAUCUGACUCAAUUAUACCGGAGUCAAAGUCCACUAAUUAUGGCAAAGAAUGUGGACAGAAAGAAAUGAGCCUUCCUGAUUUCCUCAGUAACAUUUGUGCAUUUCCAAUAGAAAAGCUUCAAAGCUUCCCUCAACUCUUAAAAAACAUCCAUUGCUUAGAGCUGCCUGGCCAGCUGGGCUCGAUACUCAACAAUUCUCUACUCCUUCACUAUAUCAACUGUGUCAAAGACGAGUCCAUCUCAUUGAGAUUCUAUCACUGGCUAAGUCAAACAUUACAAGAAGAAUGUCUCUGGUACAAGUUGAAUAAAUUGGAGUAUAAAACACAUUUUACCAGCAUACUGGACUCUGUCAUCAGGGCACAGCACUUCCUACAAGAGGGCUUUUAUUCCUGCGAAGUAUUCCUGUAUAAGAGCCUUCCUCUUUGGGAUGGCAACUGUUGUCGGUUACAGUUCCUUCAACUUGUGAGCUGGAUUCCUUUUAGUAACUUCUCUGAGUUGAAGCCACUUAUUUUUGACCACCUAUCACGGCUCUUCUUUACAUCAACUAUGUAUUUCAAGUGUAGCGUUCUUCAGAGUCUGAAAGACCUACUGCAGAAUUGGCUAUUGUGGUUUUCCAUGGAUGUCAACAUGAAAGUUUUGUCGAACAGUCUUCUAGAGACAACUAUAGGUGAAUCCGCAAACUCUGUGUUGAAACUGAUUCACUAUGUAGGGUGGUUGUCCACUAAUGGAUUGCGCUUGGAGAGGAACCAUCCUUUCCUGAUGCAUUUUAUUUUGGAUUUCUAUGAGAAGGUAUGUGACAUAUAUCUAAAUUAUAAUAUUCCAAUAUUGGAAAUAUUUCCUCUGGGAAUUUUCUACCCUGCACUCUUCAGCCUGGAUGCCUGUACUUUUAACCAACUCUGUUACAUUAUGCACAGGUAUCACCAAAACUUGACUGCUGUAAAGAAAAAUGAAUUUGUAAAGAAGAAAAAGACCCUGUUCAAUUUCAACAAAAAGCCCUAUCAAGAAUUUAACCGCUAUUUGACAGCCAUGGUUGGUUGCUUCUGGACAUCCAAUUCCUCCUACCAGAAAGGUUUCUACCAUGAAAUCAUAGAUCUUGACCCUGGGAUCCUAGAAGAAGCUAGACUAACAAAUUAUAGACAUGGUUUAAAUUUAGCUCAUAAUCCUGCUCUAAUUGGAUAUGCGGUUUCCUUUCUGCUACAGGAUUGGCCAGAAGCAAGGAGUAUAAAAGUACGCUCUAUUCAGGGAAAGAAAUGGAACCGGUAUAUGGACUAUUUAUUUUCGGAGGGAUUGCAAGGCCUGAAACUUUUCAUAACAAACAGUAUUCGUCCUUCGACCAGGAACAAAAAUCCCAAUGAUGAACGUGAAAUGUUGACAUAAACAAACAGCAUAUAAGACUGAAUUCCAUCUUUGGUGUUACAGUGGCCACAUUUGGCUCAAUUUAGUUUUCAGUAUUUUGUCUUGUCCACAGAUUGCAUCCUACAGGAAUAUUUGGGCUGGCCCUCCCUUCACCCAUGGCCCAGGAGAGCCUUGGUGUGGCUAACUUUUGUUUUUCAGAAACUUGAUUUCGUGACCCAAUAAUGAAAAGUCACCUCUUCAUCACGAGGCUCUACUUUCUACCCAAUUAUGUAUAAGGAGACGUGUUCUGUGGUAGAAUUUUUCAGAGUCUUGUGUAUUGUAAGCCGCUAUGUGAAGAGUGGUACUUAACACAGAGACAUACACAUGCAAACAAUCUGCUCAAUCAGGGAAGCAUUUUGUGCCGGUCACUUUUUCAGUUCUCUUCUCUUGGGAACAACAGCACUAGCAAAAGUGAGAUACAUACUGCUCUAAAGGCUGGCUCUAAGCGUGACACCGCUGCUGGCGCCUGUACUGGCAGCACUCUGAUGAAACGAAGAAGGGGAGAGGGCUGUGGCGGCAAUCGGGACAUUGCCGACUUCAGAAAAUGGCUCUUGGUGUGUGACACAUUUGAGUAGAUAUGUACAGUUUUAAAAUGUUCAGGCCCAAAUAAAACUGAACUCUAAAUUUC